GUGAAACAUGGCUCCACGUCCCUCUCUUCUGCUCCUGCUCAUCGUCGUUCUGCUAGACAGUCUCGCUGGAUACGCAGAAACUCAAGGUCAAUCACCAAAGGCAGAGUUUCAGUUCAGUGCUGAGGUCAUUUCAAAAGAGGGCUCAGUGACCCUCAGGUGCAGAGGACCAGACUCUUCCCCCGCGUCCAACUGCGUUUACCUGAAUGACAGGCACGCGUUCAUUAGCUCAGACUGUGAGCUCACAGUCUCUGCAGUGCAGCUUCUCCGUGGGAAACAGGGCGUGCUCAAUGAGAUCGCCGUUACAUGUUUCUACACUCUCGACGGAAGACCAUCUCAAAUAAGCAAUGAAUCAACAGUAAUUGUGCUGGAUCUGAGGGAGCCCGAUGUCUCCACAGAGCAGGAUGAGACACGUGUUCAUUGUGAAGCCCCUGCUGGCACCACAGGAGCGUAUUUCCUCCUGUACUCCAGCGUGACUGACACGCCUCUGAGAGCCACUCGGGCGGGAGGAGAAGAACGAGCGGUCACUUUCUCCGUCCCCUAUCGCCCCGGCCCCUCUCAGGCCUACUGCUGCCGGUACCGGACCCUCUCCAAAUGGAGCGACUGUGUUGGAGCCGAGACCCAGAGAGAAACAGCAACGAACCCAAACAGGUUUCUAUGGCGACACAUUCUCAGCGCUCUGGUCCUCUUGGCUGCGAUUGGAUUUCUCAUUGAGCACUUCCUGUCCCACAGACCAAUCACAGAUUCUCCUGGCAGGAGGAAGACGGGGAGUGAGAACACCACACAGUUUGUGGAGACAGUGUGCUGAGGCACGAGAGAGAUUAUCCCGUUCUGCACAUAAAUACAGAACAUCUACAUGCAAACAUACAUUUGUAGACUUCAGGCUUCAUUUCUGCCAGGUACUCUGUUGAUAUUUCUAUAUAUUAUAAAGCAAUGGCUUGUCCCAUUGACAUGGCUCUAUGAUGUGGUUACUCCAUACAACCUUGGAGUGUAGGAUGAUAUACCUGAAUUGACACUUUUUAUUUCAGAGAUAUACUCAAAAGAUUAGAUAAACCUGUUUAAUCUGUAACAAACUGCGAUUAUUUGUAUUUGUGAUAUGUUUUACUUGGAUGUUUACUGUAUAUAAUGCAUGUGUUGCUUCAGAAUGAUGCUAGUAGUACUUUAGCAGCAAUAAUAUUACUUACUAGAGCUACAACAUUGUUGUGAUAAUUACUCACACCUCAGCUAGACCAAAACAAUCGUCAAUAGUGUGAAAAUGAUUGAGCAUUUUGAUAAUAUUGAAGUAAGGCUGUGCAUGAUUCUGGUGAAUGGUAAGAUCAUACCACUAUGCUGCCAUGUUUAUUUUUUACCACAAUACUACACUGUCCAAAUACACUACACUUCAAGUCCAAAUCACACCUACAUUUAUUUGUGCAGGAAAAAACUGUGAAGACAAGAUUAUUUUCCAUGACAAUUUGCAAAAUAUUUUACAACCUAAAAAAAAUUGAAGCAGGUUUUUUUGGUGCACUUGUUUCCAAACAUCAUUUUCAGGUUGAAACCACUGUGGUGUGCAUCUCUCAAGUCAAAUCAAUGAAACACAUUGAUGUUCAAGCUGAGACACACUGAGAGAAAAAAACCUAAAGCUAAAAUAUGACACUUCUCCUUCCUGUAACGAAUGGGAAUCUGAUGGCAGCCAUUUUGGCUCAAGCAGAGGCUCGAGCAGAGAACCAUAAUGGUGGAUAAGUAGCCCUCCAAACACUCACAAAACACUCACAGAAUCAGCCAUGGCUACCUCAGUCCUCAAACUGAUCCACGAUCAUAAACCAUCAGAGGAGCUCCACAGGGCAAACACAGCCCUGAAAUAGCCGCACAGCGUCCACCCAUAAACAAGCGCGCCACUCUAACAUGUCCCCAUGGCAGUACAACGUUGCGCCCCUAUGACUCUCCAGCUUCCACGCUGCAAUGAAAUGUCCUCGUUUUAUACACGGUCUCCAUUCCCCUACAGUGCGACAACAGACCCACAAACUCUCUCACGUACACACGACAAACUACAAAACCAGAACAACCCUACAAAAUGGCCGCAGCCUUGCCUCUCCCACACAGCCAGCCCGCUGCACCUAAUCCCCCACAGCCCUACAAACACCAGGAAGGCUUGCCAUUUUGAGCAAACUGCAGUUAUAAAUAAAAUGUUAAGGAGUGCUGGGACAUUAGCACAGGACAGGUGCCAUGGUGGCCAGCAGUUCCCAGUUGCCAAGCGACCCUUUCCUCCCCACCCACCCGGCAACCAGCCGACCUGGUUGUUGAGACUGACUUAUUUUUGGGGUUUUUUUGCAGUCAAGUGAGUGAAAUGGUACCGAUGGACUGGCGAUGGACUGGCGACCUGUCCAGGGUGUAUUCCUGCCUUUAGCCCAAUGUGUGCUGGGAUAGGCAACAGCUCCCCUGCGACCCUGUUCAGGAUAAGCGGGUUCAGAUAAUGGAUGGAUGAAUAUUAUUCAUUUAGUUAAACUCCAUGUUUUGAAAUACAUUUUUAUAGAUAAAAAUGUCCUUACUUACUUACUAGUUUAAAAUAAGACAUUAAAAUAAUCAGUCACAGGGGAGAUAUUAGAAGGGGUGGGAUUAACUCUCCAUCCAUCCAUCCAUCCAUUAUCUUAAUUCGAACCCAGGACCUCCUUGCUGUUAUUGACUUCAUAUUUCUGUAGAGAACAUCCCCAUAUCGAUGUCAGAACUCUUAACCAUUCACUGGAAAGAAACCUUCCAUGAUGUAUAAAUUCCUUAAAACAUUGUGGAUAAUUUCAGAACCCAACAGCUAAAAUCGAGAAAAUCAAACCGGUCUCACCAACCUAAUACUACAGUUUCUAUUCACUAUUCUAUACUGCAAUCAAGAUCAUUUAAAGAUAGAGUAGGUAAUAUUUUUUGUUGCUCGUUGGUUGAAAAUUGAGAGCAAAAGACAGCAUUGACCAUGGUAUAGAACAGGGAAACUUUAGCUCAGUUCACUGGUGGUGAAUCGGAUUUCAAAUCAUCACAAAUCAUCUUCAGCGCAAUCGAUUUAUCAAACCCAAAGUGAACUUUAAUAGGUUAUCGGCAUGUUUAAAUUCUAUGACUCUUUUGAGAAAUAGUAUGUUUUUCUUGAGUCAGGACAUGGUGUUUCUGGGGGAAGAAACACAUUUACCACUUCCUUAUUCCCUCUGAAAUCAGUCUUGCUCCACUGUCUGCAUCCUGACAGUCAUUUUGACUUUGGUUGUAAAACAUGGCUCCACGUCCCUCUCUUCUGCUCCUGCUCAUCGUCGUUCUGCUAGACAGAAAACCGACGCCAGAUAUUUACGUGCAGAGCAGUAGCAGAGGGAUGCAUUACAUAGCCUGCUACACAACGCUGGAAAACCCCACAUCGGCCAACAUCAGCUGUGACUUGUACAUCGGAGACUCGCGGAGGCCAUACAGCAGUGCAUGGACCACAGGGAUCGUCUGCAUGUUCACCAACGUCCGAGGCCUGCGGAAGAGCAGCACGGUGAGCUGUGCCUACAGAGUGAACCAAGAACCUCAGUCUCCUCGCAGCGACAGGGCCACCAUUGUAGGUCAACCACCAAAGGCAGAGUUGCAGUUGAGUGCUGAGGUCAUUUCAAUAGAGGGCUCAGUGACCCUCAGGUGCAGAGGACCAGACUCUUCCCCCGCGUCCAACUGCUAUGUCUACACUGACAGCUUCCCGAUCGAAAUUCCCGACUGUGAGCUCACAGUCUCUGCAGUGGAGCUUCUCCGUGGGAAACACGGCGUGCUCAAUGAGAUCGCCGUCAGAUGUCUCUACAGUCUCAACGGAAGACAAUCUCUAUUAAGCCUGGCCUCAGCAGUAACUGUGCUGGAUGUGAGGAAGCCUGAUGUCUCCACAGAGCAGGAUGAGACACGUGUUCAUUGUAAAGCCCCUGCUGGCACCACAGGAGCGUAUUUCCUCCUGUACUCCAGCGCGACUGACACGCCUCUGAGAGCCACUCGGGCGGGAGGAGAAGAGCGAGCGGUCACUUUCUCCGUCCCCUAUCGCCCUGGCCCCUCUCAGGCCUACUGCUGCCGGUACCGGACCCUCUCCAAAUGGAGCGACUGUGUUGGAGCCGAGGCCCAGAGAGAAACAGCAACGAACCCAAACAGGUUGCUAUGGCGACACAUCCUCAGUGCUCUGGUCCUCUUGGCUGCGAUUGGAUUUCUCAUUGAGCACUUCCUGUCCCACAGACCAAUCACAGAUUCUCCUGGCAGGAGGAGGAGGGGGAGUGAGAACACCGCACAGUUUGUGGAGACAGUGUGCUGAGGCACGAGAGAGAUUAGCCCAUUCUGCACAUAAAUACAGAACAUCUACAUGCAAGCAUACAAAAUAAACACACAAAAUGGCCACAGUCGUGCCUCUCCCACACAGUCAGCCCACUGUACCUAAUCCCCCACAGCCCUACAAACAGCAGUAAGGUUUGCGAUUUUGAGCAACUUGCAGUGUGGGCGAAAACUUUUUUUUUUUUUUUUUUGAGUGAAUGAAUUGACUCUUUUCAUGAUCAUGGUUGAACUUCGGAACUUUUAUACUUCUGCUCCUUUGGAUAGCUUCUGGUUUUACGAAACUUUGCUUGCGACCACAGCCAUCCCUCCGCUUACCCGCGCUGUAACUACUGUCCGGACAACAAAAUAAAACUCCCGUUUCCUUGA